GACGACGCCGACGAAACCACCUGCUUGCUUUGUUUCAGUCCAUUGGCGUUUGACGGCUCCCUACACAUCUAUUCAAAAUGUCGACUAUUCUUCGUACGCUGCGCAACUUGCGGCGCAUUGGCUUCAAGGAAUAUGGCCACCAGAUGAACUAUAUUGGUGAUACCAAGGCCGGUACCUUGAUUGGCACUGAUCGUUACGGAAACAAGUUCUACGAGAACAUGGAGGAGGAGCUUCCUCUCCGUACGCGCUGGGUGGAUUACAAGGAGCACGAAUACGACCCCUCUCAGAUCGAGCCCGGAUGGCACGCUUGGAUCUCCUACAUGGUCGAUGCCCCCCCUACAGUAGACAGGGCCCUGCAGACUGGCGUCCGCGCUUGGGAGCUGCCUGAACACAGACCCACCCUGACCCUGAGCCGCGCUGCUUUCAAGACCUACUCGACUACCCGCCCUAAGUACUCUGCUUGGACCCCCGUUGCGGCUCCCCGGUAGAUCUACCGAUCACCUAGCUCUAUUGUUCCAUGCCUUGGACUUGAUGUGUACAUAAAGAUGUCUUGUUUUCCACUUCAAAACUAUUAACCGUUUCCCCA